CUCGAAUAUGCUUCCGCGAGUAAUUUCUUUUGGCUACGUAGGUUAUGAAAUUUCGACUAAAAAACGAACUGCAACUUGUAAAACAUGCAAGAAGAGAAUAUCGGAUGGAGAUGCCACGACGUCCAACUUUGUCCGGCAUUUGAAGCUUCACAAAGAUCGAUUUGAAGAAUACCAGAUGAAUAAGAGGAUCACAAAUGAACCUCAACAGCCUUCCAUAUCACAAUUUCUGGACACUCGUGCUGGGCAGUACAGUAUGAAUCAUCCACAGCAGAAAGCCAUUACAAAUGCCUUACUACGUGACUUAAUUAUUGGUUGUAAUCUGCCCCUGUCUAUUGUGGAAAACAAGAGUUUUCGACACUUUCUGACAGUAGUCGACAGCAAAUACAGCCCAAUAUGUCGCAGAACAAUGACAUCAAAAAUAGAAGAUCUUGCUGCUGAGAAACAUUUGAUGUUAAAAACCCAGCUGAGCCAGACUGAUCAUGUUUCAGUGACAGUGGACAUUUGGUCAGACCGAAAGAUGAGGGGUUUCCUUGGCAUCACUGUGCACUGGAUACAAAAAGGAAUUGAGAGGCUCGAGGUGAGGAACCUGAUGAUAAUCAUCGUCUUGACGACCCAGAGCUCUGGCAUGACUUACCCUUGGAAGAUCAGGAAAGAAACAUCGCCUGCAAUGGCUAUCCUCACCCACCACUGUGGCUACACUAUCCUGCACAUCCUCAGCAGGCUGAGGCCCUCGAACCUGCAUGGUCCCAACCAGGAGGUGGUGAUGAGAGUGACCACGGUGUGA